AUGGCGAGAGAAGAAUGCAGCAGCAGCGAAUCUGGAUGGACCACAUAUAUAUCUUCGCCUAUGGCGGAAGACGAGGAAGAGGUCAUUCAUGAGGUCUAUUAUGAAAAGCAAAACAUCGAAAAAGAUCGUAGAAGAUAUGCAAAUGAAUAUGAAAGUAACAAAGAUAGCGACGAUUCGAUGGCUUCAGAUGCUUCUUCCGGGCCAAGUUAUCAACAGUAUCACCAAACGAGUAAUAGAGGAAAACGAAGAGAAGGUCUAGGUUUAAGGAAUGGGAAAGGUGAAAGUAAUAGUAAAAGUAAUGGUGUUUAUGAUCAUUAUAUUGAUGAUAAGAAUAGUGGUAAUCAUAUAUCUAGGAAAAAUGAAAAGAAAAAGAGUGAAAACAAAGUUAGGUAUCAUAAAAAGUAG